CAUAAACAAAAUCACUUUUGCAACUUACUGGGUAGUACUGAACUAUUGAGCCAUGCUGCUUUAUAAACAUUCCUAUGUGCAGUUACUAGGCCUAAACACUAACAUCACAAGGCUACUGUGCCAAUACUCUUUUGUUCCAGGUAUACUACUCUGGGACACUUCUAAGCACAAACACUCUUGUUGGGAUGUCCCGGGACACCUUUCCCUUCAGUUCUGCUUCUCUGCGCUCCUUAAGGCUGGAUCAGGAGCUUCAGGACUGGGAGGAUGCCAGGCGGGCACUGGCACACAGGAGGGCAAUGACGAGGCGUCCUCUGCCUGCCGCCCCCAGACUCCGACAUGGAAACGAGAGGAUCCAGACGGUCCGUGCUCCCCCACCCCAAAUACAGUGCCGAGACCCAGCCAUCCACAAUACCUUCAUGUGUGGAGAUAUGAAGAGAGUGUAUGCCGUCCUCAAAGAGCCAGGCAUGGUGAAUGCACUGAUGGAGACCGUACAUGAGGAGAUGGUGUGGGCCCCGGAGAUGGGAAUGUGGACUCUCAUCUCAAAAAUAAAGCAGACGUCUGCACUGCGUCUGGCUGCCAGCAGGGGCCACUCUGGCUGUGUCGAGGAGCUGCUGUUUAGGGGAGCAGAGGUGGAUGCAGACCCAGGCGGUCGCACAGCUUUACAUGAUGCCUGUUCAGGGGGCCAUCACAUCUGUGUGCGCCUGCUCUUAGACCACGGGGCUGACCCUGACCUGCUCGCUGUCGAUGGCAAUGCCCCACUGCAUCUCUGCAAUGCUGCGGAAACAUAUCAGUGUGCGGAGCACUUGGUGACCAGUGGUGCAUUGGUGAACGCGGCCCAGCGUGACUCAUGUCUCACCCCCCUUCACGUGGCCUGCAGGAGAGGUCUAGAGGACCACGUGGAGCUCUUCCUGUCCUCUGGAGGGGACGUGACGGCUCAGACCCAAGAGGGUGAGACACCCUUGAAUGCAGCCUGCGCUGGGGCGGAGAGGCCCGCAGAUGCAGGACGGUAUCUGCGUAUUGUCCAGAAGCUGCUAGCAGCCGGGGCCGACGCACAGACUGCUGGGAGGAAAAAGCACACGGCCCUGCAUAAUGCCUGUGGAAACUGUUGUCCCCGCAUUGUUAAACUGCUGCUGGAACAUGGGGCUCGCGCGGACAUAGCUAACUGUGCCGGAUACACACCCAUGGACUGCCUGCUGCAGGUAGUAGAGGAUUACCCAGACCAGCAGCCAGAGGUUGUGGUCCAAUCUCUUCUUAACUAUGGAGCACAGCCGUCCUCCCCUAGAAUGCUGAAACUCUGCCUCCUCUCUCCUGCCACUUUGGAGGUAAUGCUGAAUUGCUAUGCGGUCGUCCCAGCUUGUGAGGAGUGGUUAAAGGACACACCAGAGGAACGACUGAAGGAGCAUCAGUCUUUCUUCGAUGCGGUCAGACGGAUGAGUGGUCAGCCUCGCUCUCUUCAGCACCUCUGCCGCUGUGCGCUGCGUCUCCACCUGGGGCCACUGUGUCACUUCGCAAUAGUCCAGCUCAACAUCCCCAGCACUUUAAAAGAUUAUCUACUGCUGCAUAAUGACGGACAGCCCUGUUGAGCUCCACUCUUAGAAAAAAAAAAAAAAAGCUGACUGGAAACAGUGGGCUGAACUUUUCUUUCUUUCUUUUUUUUACAAACUAUAUUUAUCAUCUGUGAUAAAUACAUACAUUGUUAAAAAUGUAUGUCUGGCUGAUAGUUUUAGAUCCCUAGACACCUCUUGACAAAAGAAGCUAAGUCAAGGAUGGAUUAUGGACCAGUGGGGUCUCUGGCUGUCAGAGCAUGGCCUCAAACUGAGACGCCCUCUGUGACUUGAAAUACAGAAAUAAG